AUGACUCAGCUCUUCAGUCUCACCCCUUCUCUUCACCCGGAUUGCGCCAGGCUAAUUCCUCUGCUGCUCACUUUUAAUUGGCCCCCAGCCUGUAACCUGAUCUCGAUGCCUCACGUCGAAUGUGCCCUUUCAGGCUCUCUUCCUGCCACUGGUUCCACUGGACGCCUAGCCCACAAGCUAAUCCUGGUAUCAAUCCGCCGGCACCAAUCACAUCUUCACAUCCGAUCUUCACUCUGUGCAAUACACAUCCGACUUGAGGAAGAGAAUCGAUUUAAACUCAGGUUUGGUGGUGUCAACCGACGCUCUUCAUUUUCCCUUCUGACGCAUCACCACAUCUUCAAACACCUUCGCUUCAGCGGAUGGCCUUUGAGGCGUACCAACGCUGACUUCGCCCAGAAUCAGAAGAACGGUACCUCCUCGCUACAGCGUCGUAUUCUAGACGCAAUCAAGUCUACACGACCAGAUCAGCUCCUCUUCUGCACGAUUUCACUUGUUCAACCUCGACACAAAGACCGCACGCUGACCGACGUCGAAUCAACGCUGAGUCGCCGAGUCCCUGGCGCCCAUCCCCAUCACUUACAUUCACACAACCUUCACGUCAGUUGCUGCUGUCUUGCAAUGUACCCCCUUUGCAUCUGUACACUAUAG